CAGUACAUGUUUGGACACACAAAGGUGUUCUUCAAAGCUGGUCUGCUGGGUCAGCUGGAGGAGAUGAGAGACGAGAAACUGUUUACGCUGGUGACCAUGACUCAGGCUCUCUGCAGAGGAUAUCUCAUGAGGAGAGAGUUCGUUAAGAUGAUGGAGAGGAGGGAAUCAAUCUUAACCAUCCAGUACAAUAUCCGUUCAUUCAUGAAUGUGAAAAACUGGCCAUGGCUGAAAGUGUACUUCAAGAUCAAGCCUCUUCUGAAGAGUGCUGAGACUGAGAAGGAGCUGCAACAGAUGAAGGAGAACUAUGAAAAGAUGAAAUCAGACCUGGCUGCUGCCCUGGCCAAGAAGAAGGAGCUGGAGGAGAAGAUGGUUUCCCUAGUGCAGGAAAAGAAUGACCUGCAACUCCAAGUGGCUUCAGAAGGUGAGAACCUCUCUGAUGCUGAGGAGAGGUGUGAGGGGCUCAUUAAGAGCAAGAUCCAGCUUGAAGCUAAACUCAAAGAGACAACUGAGAGACUGGAGGAUGAAGAGGAAAUCAAUGCUGAGCUGACUGGUAAGAAGAGGAAGCUGGAGGAUGAAUGCUCUGAGCUGAAGAAAGACAUUGAUGACUUGGAGCUCACCUUGGCUAAAGUGGAGAAGGAGAAACAUGCCACAGAAAACAAGGUGAAAAACCUGACAGAGGAGAUGGCAUCUCAAGAUGAGUCUAUUGCCAAGUUAACAAAGGAGAAGAAAGCCCUCCAAGAGGCCCACCAGCAAACACUUGAUGAUCUCCAGGCAGAGGAAGACAAAGUCAACACUCUGACCAAGGCCAAGACAAAGCUGGAACAGCAAGUGGACGAUCUUGAGGGAUCACUGGAGCAAGAGAAGAAGCUCCGCAUGGACCUUGAGCGAGCCAAGAGAAAGCUUGAGGGAGAUCUGAAACUUGCCCAGGAAUCCAUAAUGGAUCUGGAGAACGACAAGCAGCAAUCUGAUGAGAAAAUCAAAAAGAAGGAAUUUGAGACCAGCCAGCUCCUCAGCAAGAUUGAGGAUGAACAGUCUCUUGGUGCUCAGCUUCAGAAGAAGAUCAAGGAACUACAGGCACGUAUUGAGGAGCUGGAGGAAGAGAUUGAGGCUGAGAGGGCUGCUCGGGCUAAAGUAGAGAAGCAGAGGGCUGACCUCUCCAGGGAGCUUGAGGAGAUCAGUGAGAGGCUUGAGGAAGCUGGUGGAGCAACAGCUGCUCAGAUUGAGAUGAACAAGAAGCGUGAAGCUGAGUUCCAGAAGCUGCGUCGUGAUCUUGAAGAGUCAACCCUGCAACAUGAAGCUACCGCAUCAGCUCUCCGCAAGAAGCAGGCAGACAGUGUUGCAGAGCUGGGAGAGCAGAUCGACAACCUCCAGCGUGUCAAGCAGAAGCUGGAGAAGGAGAAGAGCGAGUACAAGAUGGAGAUUGAUGACCUCUCCAGUAACAUGGAGGCUGUUGCUAAAGCUAAGGGAAACUUGGAGAAGAUGUGCAGAACUCUUGAGGACCAGUUUAGUGAGCUCAAAGCCAAAAAUGAUGAGAACGUUCGCCAGCUGAAUGACAUUAAUGGACAGAAGGCCAGACUGCAGACAGAGAAUGGUGAGUAUUCCCGCCAACUUGAGGAGAAGGAAGCUCUUGUUUCCCAGCUGACCAGGGGCAAGCAGGCCUUCACUCAGCAGAUUGAGGAGUUUAAGAGGCACGUUGAGGAGGAAGUGAAGGCCAAGAAUGCCCUGGCCCAUGCUGUUCAGUCAGCCCGCCAUGACUGUGAUCUGCUCAGAGAGCAGUUUGAGGAGGAGCAGGAGGCCAAGGCUGAGCUGCAGCGGGGAAUGUCCAAGGCCAACAGUGAGGUGGCUCAGUGGAGAUCCAAAUAUGAGACUGACGCCAUCCAGCGCACUGAGGAGCUGGAGGAGUCCAAGAAAAAGCUUGCCCAGCGCCUGCAGGAUGCUGAGGAAUCCAUUGAGGCUGUGAACUCAAAGUGUGCCUCUUUGGAGAAGACCAAGCAGAGACUGCAGGGUGAGGUGGAGGACCUCAUGAUUGAUGUGGAGAGAGCUAAUGCUCUGGCUGCCAACCUUGACAAGAAGCAGAGGAACUUUGAUAAGGUCCUGGCAGAUUGGAAACAAAAGUAUGAGGAGGGCCAGGCAGAGCUGGAAGGAGCCCAGAAGGAGGCUCGUUCUCUCAGCACUGAAUUGUUCAAGAUGAAGAACUCUUAUGAGGAGGCUCUUGAUCAGCUGGAGACCAUGAAGAGAGAGAACAAGAACCUGCAACAGGAGAUCUCAGACCUGACUGAACAGAUUGGCGAGACUGGAAAGAGUAUCCACGAGCUGGAGAAAGCAAAGAAGACCGUGGAGACUGAGAAGACGGAAAUUCAGUCAGCACUGGAGGAAGCUGAGGGUACACUGGAGCACGAGGAGGCCAAGAUUCUCCGUGUUCAGCUUGAGCUCAACCAGAUUAAAGGUGAGGUUGACAGGAAGCUAGCAGAGAAGGAUGAGGAGAUGGAGCAAAUCAAGAGGAACAGCCAGAGGGUGAUUGACUCUAUGCAGAGCAAUCUCGACAGUGAGGUCAGGAGCAGGAAUGAUGCCCUGAGAGUCAAGAAGAAGAUGGAAGGAGACCUGAAUGAGAUGGAGAUUCAGCUGAGCCAUGCCAACAGGCAGGCUGCUGAGGCCCAGAAACAACUGAGGAAUGUCCAGGGACAGCUGAAGGAUGCCCAACUGCACCUUGAUGAUGCUGUCAGAGGACAGGAAGACAUGAAGGAGCAGGUUGCCAUGGUGGAGCGCAGAAAUGGCCUGAUGGUGGCUGAGAUUGAGGAGCUGAGAGCCGCUCUGGAGCAGACAGAGAGAGGACGCAAAGUGGCUGAGCAGGAGCUGGUUGAUGCUAGUGAGCGUGUUGGACUGCUUCAC